AUGCCGCCGAUCGAUUACAAGAAAGCAUAUAGUGUUCAAGAUGAACCUGUGCCUGUUUUGAUUCCGGAGGGGCAAUCUCUAACGAUGAAAGAACAGAUGGCUAGAAUGCUCAAGUUGCUUCAUCAGAAAAGGACGUAUCAGUUUUACACACAGGAGCUCAUUGACUGUAAGGAAACAUAACAACAAGAGAACCUUAAGUUACACGUAACAUUUUGGGAUGAGUAUGUUCUAACCAUGAUUUAUAUAGUGGAUAUUCAUAGCGAUAGAACAUUAAAGACUCCGACGCUCGGCAACCCUGUGGCUCCCAUGUUCCAAAGAGAAAAUUGGCUGACCCAGGAACGCCUCUCGGAGCUACGAGGAUUUCCAUCUUAUCCAAACCCCCGACAGGAGCUGUACAAUAUGACAGUCAAUUAUCCGUUGCCUUACGAGGGAAAGUGGGAAGCCAACAAUCCGGAUAUUUGGAAUGUUCUCAAACCCAGUCUAUAGCUCGCCACGAGGAUUUUAAUGAGCUCCGACA